AUGGCCCAUGUGAUCGGAGAGCCCUGCAUCGGCGUCAAGGACGCGUCCUGCGCGUCCGUUUGCCCCGUCUCGUGCAUUCACGAUGCCGGCGACCGCUACGGGAUCGAUCCGGACCGUUGCAUCGAUUGCGGUGCCUGCGUCGUCGUGUGCCCGGUCAGCGCGAUCGCGCCCGAAGGCCUUUUGCCGACCGAAUGGGGCCUGCAGCCUCCGCCGGCCGCCCAGUGGCCAGCUCAGGAGCCAUGA